AUGGUGCACCCGCAUCGUUUUCGUAGCAGACGACCUGUAGCCUGCCCAGCCCAAAACACGCUGCUCAGCGACGCCAGCAUCUCUGCUUCAGACUUGAAGAUGUGCGGUGCUACCGGCAAGUGGGUGUACUACAACGCCGUCAACUUGCUGAACGACGCAAGCCUCUAUGCAACCUACAGUGGGGACACCGGCACCACGACGAGCAAGAACAUGGCGGCUGUUCCUUUCCUGGACGGCAGGAGCGGCUUUCAGUCAGGUGAUCGCAUGGAUGACGCUCGGGCAGUGAUGCUUCACUCUGGCGACGCUGCGUCCUCGGCCGUGCUCCUCACGAGCGGGACCUUUACGCCGAAGGUCGAUUUCACGGGUGAGGUCGCAGGCACCUGGCGGAGCUACGGCGUGGUCUUCUACUGCGACGACUAUGCUCGAACGGACCUGACCCAAUGUGCCGAGGCAAACCGCAAGAUGCUCUACGUGGCGGAUCCCAACCCGGAGGAGCAGUUUGGCACGUCUUCCAGCCUGAGCGGAUCAGGGACAGCAGGAGACGGCACGACGUCGGGUGGUCUUCGAGCUUUGGCAUCUUUGGCCAGCUUCGCCUGGAGCUUUCUUUGCUUCGGACUCCUUUCAAGCUGA